AUGACUGAUUCAGGGGAUAAUAGUGAAGUAAAACAUUUAAUUAAAAAGCGAGGUACCCUCAAAACUAAAUUAACCCUUUUUGAAAAGUUUGUUGAUGCAUUUGAGAUCUUACAUUUAAAUAGAUCUACCACACCAGUGGAGCAUUGUAAAAUUCUAGAACUUGAAAAUCGAAUUAAUGACAUUGAAACGUUAAUUAAUAGUUUUGAGGAACUCCAAAAUGACAUUGAUUGUCUUGUUGAUGAACAGGCAGCACAAUUAGUCGAGAGGGAAGAAUUUUCGAAUAGGUAUUUUACAACUAUUUCACGGGCAAAGGCGUUUCAAGCUGAAUACGAUUCAAAUAAUGCGGAUCCAAGUGGAUCAAGCUCUGUCAGAUCGGGUUCCGUUAUCGGCCGCAUAAAUACAGUUUCAGAAGGCGUUAAGUUGCCAGAAAUUAAAUUGCCAAAGUUUGACGGUACCUAUGAGACAUGGAUGGAGUUUAGGGACAUGUUCGAAUCGUUAAUUCAUUCCAAUAUAAAUAUUAGUAAUAUUCAGAAAUUGCAUUAUUUGCGGGCAUCCUUAACUGGAUCUGCACCUGUCGUUAUACAAGCGUUGGAUUUUAGCGCUAAUAGUUAUGACAUGGCUUGGAACACAUUGUGUGAAAGAUUCAAUAAUAAAAAUUUAUUGAUACAGAAUCAUUUAAAAGCAAUAUUUAACAUGGAAAGCAUUGUCAUGGUUACUGCUGCUAGGGUUCGUUACAUAUAUGAAAAUUUGUACAAGCAUUUAAAUAGUCUUAAGCAACUAGGUGAACCUAUUGAAUCUUGGGACACGUUACUUAUUUACAUUGUUUCGAGUAAGCUCGAUAAAAGUACGGCCCAAGAAUGGGAAAAAUACAAGUCAAAUUGCGAUGCGAUUAAUUUAAAUUACUUUAAAGAAUUUCUGAAAAGGCGCGCUAAUCUGUUAGAAACCAUUGAAACCACAGAGCAAAAUAAGCGAGUCAACGAAAAACAUAGCAAUAUUCGAGAAAAUUCCAACAAUACAGGUAAUUACUCAAAAGGCAAAACAUACAAUUAUUCCCGAGGAUUAACCAGCGCGAAUAAACCCUCUGAUUCAAACAAAACAAAAUUUGCGUGCUAUAAUUGCAAAAGGGAUCAUAGUCUUUUUUACUGCCCAGACUUCUUAAAACUAGGGACUUUUGAUCGCGUAAACAAAAUCAAGGAAUUAAGUCUUUGUUUAAAUUGCUUGAAGCGCAACCAUCUGACAAAGGAUUGCAAUUGGUCUGGUUGUAAGAUCUGCGGAGCAAAACACAAUACAAUUUUACAUGAUCAUGGUAGGGACGAUAGGGAAAAGGCUGGAACAAUGUCGCAUUUGUGUAAAGAAAGCGGCAUAAGCGAAAAUGAAACCUCAGAAAUUACCAAUGCAAGCUUUACUAAUUGCGGUAUAGCAACAACUCAGCAAGCAGUAUUAUCCACAGCCAAGGUGAAAGCAUUUGGUAAAGACAAGAGUUUUAUAGUAGUCAGAGCAUUGUUGGAUUGCGGUUCGCAGUCAAGUUUCAUCACAACAAAUUUAUGCGAAAAACUAAAAUUAGAAAAAACAAGCACGAAUUUGGCGGUUUCUGGUAUAGGCGAAAAAAUUUCAUACGUUAAAUAUAGGUGCGACCUAAAAAUUCAAUCAGUAAAUAGUGAUCUUACGUUCAAUAUGUCAUGUUUUGUUUUGGAUAAAAUAACUUCAGACUUACCUGAGACACCUAUUGACAUGCAAAAAAUACAGAUUCCUUUAAACAUUGAGCUCGCUGACUCGGAUUUUUAUUCCCCUUCGCCUAUCGACAUUUUGUUAGGGGCAGACAUUUUUUGGCAGAUUUUAAGUGUGGGCCAGAUUAAUAUUGGUUAUCCUAGCCCUGUUUUACAAAACACCCACCUUGGCUGGGUGGUCGCUGGCGGAUUUCAACCAUCAAAUAAUGCAAAAAUUCGUUGUAACUUUUCUAAAAAUGUUGACAUUCAGGAACAACUUUCCAAGUUUUGGGAAGUUGAAGAGAUCGAAAUAAAAAAAAUAUUUUCGGCUGAAGAGCAAGCAUGUGAGGACAAUUUUGUCACCAAUGUAUAUACGAAUAAUGAUGGUAGAUACGUUGUAUCAUUACCUCUUAAAAAACCAUCUGAAGCGUUAGGUAAUUCUCGCGACUUAGCUUUCAAACGGUUUUUGUCAUUGGAGCGCAAGCUUAUGACUAAUGAUCGAUUAAGAAAAUUAUACAUAGAUUUUCUAAAAAUUUAUGAGCAAUUAGGACAUAUGUCUCAAGUAAAAUUCGAAGACGACAAAAAUAUCGGUUAUUUUAUGCCUCAUCAUGGUGUAUUAAAAAAUUCGAGUGAUACUACCAAAUUACGUGUUGUUUUUAACGCGUCUAGUCCAAGCACCACCGGACUAUCUUUGAAUGACAUUCAGAUGGCUGGUCCAACUAUCCAACAGGAUUUAUUAUCCAUUAUUUUACGGUUUCGUACACGAAAUAUUGUCCUAUCAAGUGAUAUAAAGAUGAUGUACCGCCAGAUACUAAUCAAUCCCGAGCAACGUCAUUUACAGAAAAUAUUUUGGCGUUCCGAUCCCAAUGAGGAUGUUAAAAUAUUUGAAUUAAAUACGGUUACCUAUGGUACUACUGCCGCUAGUUUUUUAGCCAUACGUUGCCUUUUUGAGGUUGCAAAUGAAUGCGAACGCGAUUUCCCCUUAAUUGCUAAUAUAAUUCGUAAUGAUAUGUACGUUGAUGAUUUAUUGACAACUGUAGAUAAUAGAGACGAGGCUGAGUAUAUAUCUAAUAAUAUUAAUAGAAUUUUACUUAAGCAUGGAUUUGAAUUAAGAAAGUGGAAUUCAAAUGAUCAGUAUGUUAUCCGUAACUUAGAAUCCGAAAAUAGGUUGGUAGAGUUUUAUUCCAAUAAGGCGCAGGAAAAUUCAGUUUUAGGCUUAACUUGGAACAGCUCACUUGAUAUUUUAAAAUAUAAUAUUAAUCAACCCAGCCUUUCGAAAAAACUAAUAACCAAGCGUGUUAUUCUUUCCAGUAUCGCUACUACCUUCGAUCCCUUAGGUCUGGUCAGCCCUUGUAUUAUUAUAGCCAAGGUGCUUUUACAGAAAUUAUGGUGUGAAAAUUUAGGCUGGGAUCAACCGGUUCCUGAUCAUAUAAGUAAUUCUUGGUUAGAAUGGUACUCGAAUCUUGAAGCCAUAAAUAGUUUAAAUAUCGAACGGAAGGUUGUUUGUGAAAAUCCAGUUAAAAUCAGUUUACACGGUUUUGCUGAUGCUUGUCAGACUAGUUACGGUGCGUGCGUAUACGUUAUAUCUGAAAAUAAUUUAGGAGAGCGUUUUUCUAAUUUACUAUGCGCCAAAUCAAAGGUAGCUCCAGUUAAACAUCUAACAAUGCCACGGUUAGAGCUAUGUGCGGCACUAACACUGGCUCAGUUAUUAGAAAAGGUGUUAAAAUCAUUAAAUAUUAAAAUUGACCAAACAUUUUGUUGGUCUGACUCCACUAUAGUGAUGGGAUGGUUGCGCGCAUCCCCACAUUUAUUAAAACCGUUUGUAGCCAAUCGCGUGGCGGAAAUUCAGAAGUUAACGGCUAACUUUGAGUGGAGACAUGUACCAUCUGGAGAUAAUGCAGCCGACAUAGUUUCGAGAGGAUUACCUCCUCAACAGCUGUGUUCUUCUCGUAUGUGGUUUCAUGGCCCCGAUUGGCUAGACAAAGAUAUUAUUCAUUGGCCUAAUAAACAGACCUCAGUAAUCGAUUUACCAGAAAUUCGUACUACAUUAACUUCCUCAGUAAGCAAAAUAGAGUCCUACUCAUUCGAGCGUUUUUCUGAUUUUUUAAAAUUAAAAAGGACUUUUGCUUGGGAUCUAAGAUUUUUAAAAAAUUGUAAAAAUAAGCCCGAAAACCGAAUAUUACUUCCGUACUUGACAUUGGAUGAACUUGAAAAUAGUCUUUACUUUAUAAUUAGGAUAGCUCAAAGGGAGUCCUUUCCGGAGGAAUAUCUUACUCUCACCAAAGGUAACGAUUUGCCUUCUAAUAGCCGUGUUUUAAGCUUGCACCCAUUCAUUGAUAAGAACGGUUUAAUAAGGGUAGGCGGCAGAUUAUCCAAUUCAGACUUUUCAUACUCAAAAAAGCAUCCUUUGUUACUUUGCACUAAACAUUAUAUUACUAAAUUAAUUUUUGAAAGCACCCAUAAAAGAUUAUUUCAUGCAGGGCCUCAGUACUUACUGUCUUCAAUAAGAAACACCUUUUGGCCCAUAUCAGGUCGUAGUUAUGCGCGAAAAAUUGUAAAAGAAUGCGUAACGUGUGCCAGAUUUAGCGGUGCCAAAAUUCAGCCGCUUAUGGGUGAUUUACCAGCGGUAAGAGUUCGGCCUUCAGGCCCAUUUAGCGUUAUAGGAGUUGACUAUGCCGGACCUUUCUGGAUGAAAGAUAGGCGAGGUCGCGGUUGCAGACCAAUUAAAUGUUGGGUAGCCCUUUUUAUUUGCUUCACGACCCGGGCUAUACACUUAGAAAUUGUCUUGUCUCUUAGUACCGAUGACUUUAUGCAAUCCUUUUAUCGUUUUAUAAGCCGUCGUGGUAAGCCGGCCCAGGUAUUCUCCGAUAACGGAACCAACUUUGUCAGAGCUAAUCGCGAAAUGUUAGAAUUGAGUGUUUUUUUUAAGACUCAUAGCCUGGAUAUCAUCGAAAAGGCUUCCCAUUUAGAUAUUGAUUGGCAUUUCAUCCCAGCCAAUUCGCCACACUUUGGGGGUAUUUGGGAAGCGGGGGUAAAGAGCUUAAAAUAUCAUGUUAAGCGUACAAUAGGCGAGCAUAAGUUGUUUUUUUAUGAUUUUCAAACGUUACUUAUUAGGAUCGAGGCAGUGCUCAAUUCUAGACCCCUUACUCCAUUAACCACUGAUCCCGACGAUUUAACCUGUCUCUCUCCCUCCCACUUUUUAAUUGGAAGACCAAUGGAAACCAUACCCGAAUUACCAAUCAGCGACAUUAAAGAAAACAGACUCAGUCAAUAUCAACUUCUGCAAAAAUUGUACGAGCACUUUUGGAGCAGAUGGAGUCGCGAAUACAUCCAUGAGUUGCAGCAAAGGCACAAAUGGAAAAGGUCAUCAGGAAACGUUGACAUUGGACAGCUGGUCUUAAUAAGGGAUGAAAAUCUACCGCCUACCAGAUGGCGCUUGGGACGAGUUCUUAAGUUAAUACCAGGCAAGGAUGGUAUUAACCGUGUUGCUUUUGUGAAGACGGCAGACAGUGAACUUUCUCGUGCGGUAACUAGACUUUGCCCACUUCCCAUUGAAAGUUAA